GGUGAUCACAUCGCUACGCUGGAGGCAAUGAUGAACCGCAAAGCUGACUUGGACAAGCCCUACGUGAUCCCUGAGAACGGCUUCGCCCAGUCUGCACCUGUUGAGCCAAAGGAUCAUCGCAUUUGCUUCGCUGAAGUGUUCCCAGGCCCGAGUCAAUACCGUCGUCAAACUUGGAGAAGAAGUUGAACUCCGGUACAAUGUAUCGCGCAGAAUGGCGGCACAGCGGCAAAGCGGCUGGGCUCGUCCUACCGAAGCAGUCCGUCCUGCGACCGAAGGUGUAGCACCGCGGCUCAAUGAUCAACUCUGGGAACUCGCCAGAUUCGUCGCAUGGACCGUCAUCCCUGCAUAGUGAGUCUCCAAAGACGAGGAAGCUGAGCUUUCAAUGGCUCUCAGCUACAAGAACUGCAACCAGAUGGUUGGCGUAUUCGUCAAUGCUGUGGAUGUAACGCUGCAGGGCAAUGUGGUCGGACGCUUCGUGAUCAACUUCUACGCAAGGCCAACUCAGG